GAGGCGGCAUUUCAGAAAGCAUGCCACUAGCAACUCAUUCACCGAGGUCGCCUUUUUCACAAGCCACCAUGAAGGAAGUACAGGUGCUGUUCAUCUUCUUCCUGGCAAUUUCUGCGCUAGCAAAGCCAAAUGAAGAGCCGUCUCGUCUGACAAGAAGUCUGGAUGAGGAUCUCAACCUCAGGUUCAAGAGAGGGUAUGGCGCUCCUGCUAGACCAGUCAAACCCGCUUUAGGUGAGCAUGGCAUUGGUGGCGGUAUAGUCGCAGGUGGUGGUAUAGUCCCAGGUGGUGGUAUAGCUCCAGGUGUGGGCUUGAAACCUGGUCUCUCAGGAAUAGGUCAUGGCGGAGUUUCUGGAGGUAUACAUCCAGUUCCUGUAGGUCAUGAAGGAAUUUCUGGAGGCAUCGGCCCAGUAAAUGGAGGAAUUCUAGAAGCUAUAAGCCCAGGCCAUGGGAUAGACCCGGGACAUGGAAUCGCUGGUGGCGGGAUACUACCAGGACAUGGUGGGAUAGGCUUAGGACCAGGAGCAGUUGGCUCCUCGGCGACCUGUCGAUAUUGGUGCAAAACCCCCGAAAAUCAAGCUUACUGUUGCGAAGGUAAUAAUGAACUUCCAACGCUGCCAUUUGUGAAGCCCGGGGUAUGCCCUCCUGUAAGACCUCAAUGCCCUCCUGUGAGGAACUUCGGACCACCAGAACCUUGUUCGAAUGACAGCAAAUGUGCCGGAGUCGACAAAUGCUGUUAUGACAGAUGUCUCGAACAACACGUGUGCAAACCACCACAACAUUCGGCUGGACCCUCCUAUGGUCGAUAAGGACCUAUGGCUAACUCCAUGAUUUUCUCAUGAUUCUAUUCCUUUGACCCAUCUACCGCAAUAGGCAAGAGAAAAUAUUGUGGUAGAUGCGUAUCGAAAUUCACUAACUUGUUCUUGUGCUAGUUGCCUGUAGAUGGGUAUUUACACAACUACAUCCACAGGAAAUUAUAUGUAUAUACAUAUAUAUAUAAUAUAUAUAUAUAUAUAUAUAUAUAUGUGUGUGUGUGUGUGUGUGUGUGUGUGUGUGUGUGUGUGUGUAAUGAAUGCGCUUGCGCACAGGAAACAGUUUGUCUGUUAAUUCAUACAGUAAACUAGUAUCUGGCGUUGAGAAGAUAUUUCAUUGCCAGCAUUAUCUUCAAGACCAAGAUAUUUUUUCGGAUAAGCUUAAGAAUGUAUUAUGGUAUCCAAUACUAAGAUCGAUAUGGGGUCAUUCAUUAACCAUACAGUUGUUAUAAAACUUAAAUUAAAUUUAUACAACUCGUUGACCAAAAUAAAUAAGUAAAUAAAUAAAUGAAUAAAAAAAUAAAAUCCCCAGAUGUAUGUUUACAUUCUUAAGUCUUGUCAGUCUAAUUUAAGUUACUCUUUGAUUUCCUUAAGAAUAGUGAAAAAAAUUAUAGUUUCCUUUGUUUCUCUUCUCAUACUAAUAAAGAUUUUUCUCAAA